AAUGAGAUAACAUCACAUGAUCGAAUCACGUGUUUUGAUAACAAAGCUAGAGACUAAGGGGUAUGGAGCACACUGCUUUUCAUGUGUUUUAUAGACUGACCAUUAGUUCUUUUACACAGAUUGUACUACUAGUCUUAACUAUAAUUAUAAAGAUUAUCUUUUGUGGGGACCGAGGGCUCGUCGUCCGAGUAUAAAGCUGACACUCCUGAUCACUACGUUCAUAGAAAUAUUUCCUUUACCCUCAUGAGAUGUUGUCUGUAUAUAUUGUCUUAACAAUUGAUCAAUGUUCUCAUUGUUCCAAAUCUCAUGAUUCAAUUUCACUUAACAAAUUAACUCCUAACUAACCUUAUGCCUAACUUACCUUAUGCCUAACACGCAUUACACAUUAUUUUAUUUCCUCAUCUUUGCCUUUGUUGAUUGUUCAUCUUCUCGCACAAUUCCUUAAGUGGCUACUAUAAUGGGAGAAAAUUUAGGCGAACAAAGUGAUCUCCUCCUAAAGACGAAAGAUACUUGGACAAAAACGGAUUGGAUGCUUCUUCUCUUUGGGCUGCUUAUCAAUAUCGGGGAUGGCAUUGAAAUAUACUUACCAGGUGUUUUGACACAAUACGUGGCCUGUGAAAUUGGAGUAGAUGAUUUGCAGGAAGGAAUUCUGGGCUGCAUUCUUUAUUUAACAAUGGCAAUAACUACCUUUGUGUCAGGUCCAUUAUCUACUCGAUUCGGACGACGAGAAACUAUCCUCCUGUCCCUCUACGGAAGUGUAUUGAGCACCAUCGCCUGUUCUGUGGUGGGGAACUACCUGACUCUCCUACUCUCACGGGCCCUCAUUGGCUUUUCUGUGGGAUUUAACCUGUCUGUCAGCUACGUUUUGCAGGCGGAGCUAGCUAGCAGUAAAAAGGUUCUGGACACUCUACUUCUGGCAAGCAGUUUAGGCUACUCAGUAGGCAGUAUCUGGGUUCCAGUUAUCGGGUAUUUCAUUCUAGAUCUGCUCGGCUGGAGAACAUUCCUGCUUAUCGCCUCUCUUCCUAUUUUCAUUCCUCCAAUCUUGAUCCUACAUAUUUUCAUAGCAAAGAAAACGAAUCUGGAAGUGAGCAACCAAACAGAACAAAGUGGAAAUGGGGGAACGGAAGCCGUGGAGGUACCUAAUUUCAAACUGAGACUUUUAAAACUGUCCCUGUUUUCCAUCAUCAACAACUACCAAGGCUGGGGGACUAUUCUACUCUUACCUUCAUUGAUACGACUUUUCAACGUUAAAAAAGUAGGAGGAGAAGACACCAACUGCGAAACAAUCACCCAAGGAACUGAAUUCUUUCUCCUAGCAUUGGUCGCAGGAGCAGCAGGAAUAGGAAGGAUUGCCUCCCCGAUCAUCAGAACGAAGAUUAGAUUUAGAAUGUUGUACACCUCGCUUGCGGUGAUUGUUCUAGUCAGCUACAUGAUGUUGCUGCUCAUGGAAGAAAACCUAAUCGUUAUCGUGGUCAUGUCAUUUGUAGGCAAAUUGGUAUACGGGAUGAUCUCAAUGGAAAAGACUUACAUAAGCUACGACGUUCGAUAUUUAGGAACAAAGGGAUUGGCUAUUGGAUCGGGCAUAAUGCAAGGUGCAAGUUCGAUGGCAGUGGUAGCCGGCACCGCUUUGGUUUCUUUUGCUUCACCGCAAAUAGCUAUUAUCACUGGCUUGGUGCUGAGUGUUUUUCAGAUCUUUGUAGUCAAUUCUAUGGGAGAGCAAGACCAGGUUACCAAACCGGAAACAUUGGACACCCAAUCUGAUUCUAAAGACAGCCUGUUGACAAAAUGAAUUAUGUAAGACAACAGAAUUUCAUGCAUGAUUCAAGUAUUCUUCAACAUAAUCCUGUACCUGGCAACAUUGAGAGAAUCGAGCUAUAGACUAGAAAGUAGAAAGGUAGGUAAAUGGGACUCGGAUGUCCAACAAAGAACACCUUUGAUCAAAAAUCGCUUCUGGCAUUCGUUUCAAGCUGUGGCCGAUUUUCUCGGUAACAAUUCGGAAUUAAACGACACAGGUUACACUUUAGACAUGAGAACUACGAUAUGAAAUUGAAUGCUGCUAAAGCUUCAAAGUGUUAAUAAUGGUUUAUUUAUGGUUUUCAAGUAACAUUAC